CCAAAAAGUGUGAAACCCAUUCCACCAUCAACGGUAUUCGCCCAACUAUCAACACAUACUCGACUAUGAACUCGACUAUGAACACACACUCCACACUACUCACACAUAUAUAAUCGAUAUCAAUAUAAGUAUUCUACGCAACGUUAGUAGAUCGAUCUAGCAACUGUAAGCCCAGAUCACUGCUUAGCACGAGAUCAUUCAACCAUUCGUCAACGGGACCAUCAGCAGUUCGUUGUGGGAACUCAUCACCAGCGGCCAGUCUAACUGAGUUGACCGGAGUAUCGAUAACAAUAUCCUAAGGAUGGCUGAUCAUCGGAGAGGGCCGUGGUCCGAAUUCGAGGAUGCUGCCCUCAUACAGCUCGUUCAGCAGCAGGGCCCCUUGAACUGGGUCAAAAUCUCAGAUACUAUCGUCUCCAGGAGCCCUAAACAGUGUCGGGAACGGUACCACCAGAAUCUAAAGCCAACGCUCAACCAUGAACCUAUAUCUACGGAAGAGGGCCAACUAAUCGAGAAGCUCGUUGGCGAACUAGGCAAGCGAUGGGCAGAAAUCGCGAGGAGGCUCAACAACCGGAGUGAUAAUGCCGUCAAGAACUGGUGGAACGGUAGUCAAAACCGUCGGAAACGCACAUUUCGAAAGAAGUCGUCCGGUGGUAACAACGGUCAUCGUCGACUAACCGCUCCCCUUGAUCAUCCUCGAAGACCACAGCUAGAGCUAGCGACUGGGACGGCCCAUGUAUUCCAGGCAGAUCAUCGCCAUGAACCUCUCUCUCCUUGUAUGGUCCAAUACAGCCAUACUGUGCAGAACGCGCCCCCAUCUUCGGGACUUCCAUCACCUCAUUCAGAUCGAAGUUCAUUGUAUUCUAUCCCCGUUACAAAGGAUACUUUACCACCGGGGAGUCCCAUAGCUCUUCCACCGUUGCGUCGUAACAGCUACGAUGCCAUGAAACAUACUCUUCGGCCGGAACCGUUAUUGCCUCCCGUAUCAGCGGCGCCUAACUUCCGGCUGCCACCAAUACAAACUCUAGCAGUUGGUGAACACCACGCAUUACCAACUGCUCCAAAUUCACCCUCGGAUUCGGGGCCUGGCGCAAUACAGAAACAGCAUGAUCUUUCUCGUUCCUUUCCAAGGCACCCAUUCGGCCCGGUUCAUAGUAGAAGGGGCAGUCAAAAUGAUGAUGGGGACGCGAGGCUGAGAGUAAGCCACAUAGUAGAUUAAGGCUAAUAAACAUGACUUGGAGUUUUGGCGCAUUCUUCCCUCAGUGGCGGGCAUUAUUACAGACAUGGGAAUGGAAUGGACAAGGGAAAAGGCAAAGGAGCAUUGGAUUGGCAGCAGGACGGAAUACCCUUUGCGUUGAUUCCCCCGAUAGGCAAUAUGAUUGCACUAUCGGUUCAUGUCUGUUUGAGAGCAUGACUAGAGCGUAUGCAACAGUAAUAGAAUCGAUUCCAGGUCUUGUGUGCACACUGGUCAAAUACACGAAGCUGGUUUUGUUAACUCAG